AUGCAGCUUCGCAGUGGUCUAUUCAUCAAUCUUCUUCUGAUAGUGACACUAUUUGUAUGUAGUGGAGUAUCAGGCUUUGUAGGAUCGUCUACUAAUACAAGAGCGCAACACAACCACAACCACAACCAUGACACAUUCACAUCACUGUCCAGUACCGGUACGGCUGGAGAUAAUAACCAACUGAGCGACCAACGACUGGCCGCCAAAGAUGCUUUACUAUCAGCCAUUUCUUCCACGCCAUCCAAUGCUCCCACUUCCAGAGCCAAGACCGACGCAAUUAUGCAAUUGGCCCGAGACUUGGAAUCCCAGUGCCCCACACCCGAAGAGCAAGUUUUGGAUACGCUUCAAGGCAGUUGGGAACUCUUGUGGACGGCCCAAGACCGAUCACAGAAGGAUCCGUCUCAACUAGGUCCCUUUCGGGAGUUCAUCAAUCCGCUGGAAAAUCAAUCUUACAGCAACAAUCCCAACGGUUCGGGCCGGGCCAAUCCGUUCUUGCCACAAGGAGUGCAAGAGAAGUUGGAAGAUUUGGGAAUCGUCGCCGCUCAAGACGAGUCGUCUUCUGAUCCUGUGCGCAGCAGCCAAAAUAUUGAUUUGAAAAGGCAAAAGGUCCGCAAUGUGGUUUCGUUUGCCGUUCCAUUCCUAAAGGGACGAUCCUCCUCGUCCAAAUCGCCAAAAGCUUCCUUGACCGUCACCGUGGACUUUAAACCCAAUUUGCAAGACCAACGAAAGAUUGACGUCAAGUUUCAAGAAUGUAGAGUGGUGCUGCCGAAUACGCCAGUUGAUCUAAUCAUUCCAUUGGGUAUUAUUGGACCAACGGGCUGGCUUCGGACGGGAUACAUUGAUGAUUCCAUUCGGAUUACAAGAGGGCACAAGGGGAGUGUCUUUGUUCUGGCUCGGCCCAGGAGCCAAACAAACUAG